CCAGCGCGCUCUCCUGCCGACAUAGCCAGCGCGAUGCAGAGACAUUCGUUCACCGCGCUCAACUCGACGUUCGUCGUCGACUCCGAGUACCAGUUCGUCAAGGAGCUCGGGCAGGGUGCGUAUGGAUGCGUGGUUGCUGCCCGACACCGGCGGACGGGGGAGGGGUGCGCAAUCAAAAAGAUCACGAAUAUCAACACAAAGAGAAUCCUGACCAAGCGGUGUCUGCGCGAGAUCAAGCUCCUCCACCAUUUCCGCGGCCAUAAAAAUAUCACCUGUUUGUAUGAUAUGGACAUCGUCUUUGGCCCGGAUGGCAACUUUGACGAAGUCUAUCUGUAUGAAGAGCUCAUGGAAGCCGAUCUGCACGCCAUCAUCCGCUCCGGCCAGCCGCUCUCCGACGCCCACUUCCAGUCCUUCCUCUACCAGACGCUGUGCGGGCUCAAGUACAUCCACUCGGCGAACGUCCUCCACCGUGACCUGAAGCCGGGAAACCUCCUCGUCAACGCCGACUGCGAACUCAAGAUUUGCGACUUUGGCCUCGCGCGCGGGUACACGCCCGGCGGCGGUGCCAGCCGUGCGGCCGGCAACCAGGGCUUUAUGACCGAGUAUGUCGCGACGCGCUGGUACCGUGCGCCUGAGAUCAUGCUUAGCUUUGCCAACUACACCACUGCGAUCGACGUCUGGUCAAUCGGGUGUAUCCUCGCGGAGUUAUUGGGUGGGAAGCCCAUCUUCAAGGGCAGAGACUACGUUGACCAGCUGAACCAGAUCUUGCACUACCUCGGUACGCCCUCUGAAGAUACCCUCCGGCGCGUCGGCUCGCCCCGUGCGCAAGACUACAUCCGCUCGCUGCCGAUCAAGCCGCGCAUCUCGUUCGCGACGCUCUACCCGCGCGCGAACCCGCUCGCGAUCGACCUGCUGUCCAAGAUGCUCUGCUUUGACCCGGCGAAGCGUAUCAGCUGCGAGGACGCGCUCGCGCACCCGUACCUCCAGGUCUGGCAUGACCCGGCUGACGAGCCGGUCUGUGAGAAGAAAUUCGACUUUAGCUUCGAGGAAGAGGAUAAUAUCGAGGGCAUGAAGAAGCUCAUCGUCGAAGAGGUUAACCUCUUCCGUGCAGAGGUGCGCGCGCAGGCACGCGCAGCGGGGCAGAUCAGGAGACAAGAUAGCCUCCCGAUCCCGUCGCGAGACGACAUCAUCAACUCACCCGUGCAGGACCAUGCCCCGCCCAACGGCAUUACCUCCGGCUACACCGCGCCCAACGCGCGCCCGCCCACGCCCGUCAUGGACGACCCGAGCGCGGAGCUCGAGCGCGAGCUUGCCGGCACCCAUAUCGGGAGGACCUAGAUGUGUCUGGGCUCCGAAGGGAAGGUGGUAUCGGAAUGCUAGUCUUGGGUAAGACUCUAUCGAGUGAUUUCUGUGCAGCGCUGUACAUGUAGGAGUGGUAGGCAAGUACUUGAUGCUACUGAGGGGACAUUCUUGUAGUCUUUGGAUAUUGAUGUAAUGCUUAAUACGGUUGGAUCUGGCGUAGGAUUAGGGUUCCCCGCGGGGAGUGUGUACCAUGGAUUUUUGUAUCGGCAAUACAGACAUCAUCGACCCAAUUUA